AGGAGAGGAUUGCUCCACAGUACGUAGUACUGGUACUUGCUUCACUCACACACCUUAGCAACGGCAUCAUGUGACCGCUAUCUCGAGAGAACGUGACGUCACUACCUGACUGGCUGAUAGAAGUGCUGAGUUCUGUAUAGAGCGGCAGGGCUGUGGUCUCAGCUGAUCGGCGGAGAACGAGAGACAAGUGACCAUCAUGAAUUAUGAAAAUCCACCGCCAUAUUCAGGUGCAAACCCUACAGCUCCUUACCCUCCAUAUGGACAACCGCCAGGUGGCCCAGGUCCCACUCCGUAUCCUGGUUAUCCUCCAGGCCCUGUAGGCUAUCAGCCAGGGCAACCAGACUAUCAGCCAGGGCAACCAGGCUAUCAGCCAGGGCAACCAGGCUAUCAGCCAGGGCAACCAGGCUAUCAGCCAGGGCAACCAGGCUAUCAAGGCUAUCCACAGUAUGGCUGGCAGGGUGGCCAACCCCCUGCUCCAGUUUACAUGGAUGCUCCUAAAAAUACAGUAUAUGUUGUAGAGGAGAGAAGAGAUAAUUCUGGGGAAAGCGCCUGCCUUACAGCUUGUUGGACUGCCCUUUGUUGCUGCUGCCUUUGGGAUAUGUUGACAUAAAUAUUUGAAGAAGCCAGAAUGUAAAAAAAAAAAAAAAGCCAGAAUGUGCAAUGCCUGUAUGCCAUUUUUCAGUCUUUUUUUUUUUUUCCUGUGUUCUUGUUUUAAUUAAGUCUAGUUUACUGAUUAGAUCUUAUCUUAUUUAAUACAUUUAUCAUUUUGUUUUUCACAUUUGUUGACUGAUUUGUUCACAGAAGCUAAGUGCACACAAGUCGUUUUUUUUUUUUUUUUUUUUCCUUUUAUUUAUUUUUUGGCUACCCUAGUAAAUUUUACAGUAUGUGUCUUCUCCAUGUGUUGUUCACUUGCUUAUGCCCUUUUAAUGAUCAUUUUUAACAGGAAUCGACUAUCAUUUUGCCUUUUGUCUUUUAGCAUUUAACAAACGCAACACUGCAUGUACAGAAAGCCCACAUGCUUGUGUGCAUUUAGCUUUAGAAAGCAUGUUUGCUUUACUACUUAUAAAUGAGUGAUCGCUGAAAUAAAUUAGUUUGUCAUCUGUCAUUUUACCAAAUGCAAAUACAUUUAUGUGGCGUAUAUGGAAUCGGAUGUUUUCUUUUUUUUUCUCUACUGGAAAUUGUAAUUGUUACUAUGCAACUAUUAAAGAAAUAAAGCAUGUAUGAAUCCUU